AGGAAAGGAAUAGUUUGUGAAGCCCAUUUGAAGUCGGACCCAGCCCAUGACAUAUUCAGUCCAUACUAUAAUAAAGCUUCCCUUAGCCACGCAAAUCAAACCUAGGGUUUUGCUUGGUACCAUCUCGUUUGUUUCGCAGCUCUGAGAUCUAGCUUGUUAGUCACCGAUUCUAGAUCAAAAUGAGUAAGCUUCAGAGUGAAGCUCUGAGAGAAGCUAUCUCUGGAAUCACUGCUGAUUCCAAGGAGAAGAACCGUAAAUUUGUUGAGACUAUUGAACUUCAAAUUGGGCUGAAGAACUACGACCCACAAAAGGACAAGCGUUUCAGUGGCUCUGUCAAGUUGCCCCACAUCCCUCGCCCUAAGAUGAAAAUUUGCAUGCUUGGAGAUGCCCAACAUGUUGAAGAGGCAGAGAAGAUAGGAUUGGAUUGGAUGGAUGUUGAAGCCUUGAAAAAGCUUAACAAAAAUAAGAAAUUGGUGAAGAAACUAGCCAAGAAGUACCAUGCUUUCUUAGCUUCUGAGGCAGUCAUUAAGCAGAUUCCUCGGCUUUUGGGUCCUGGUCUCAACAAAGCAGGGAAGUUCCCAGCACUUGUCUCUCACCAAGAAUCUCUUGAAUCAAAGGUGAACGAGACAAAAGCUAUGGUGAAAUUUCAGCUUAAGAAGGUGCUCUGCAUGGGAGUUGCCGUGGGCAACAUUAGCAUGGAUGAAAAGCAAAUUUUUCAGAAUGUUCAACUUAGUGUUAACUUCCUUGUCUCAUUGUUGAAAAAGAACUGGCAGAAUGUCAGGUGCUUGUAUCUGAAGAGUUCCAUGGGAAAAUCUUACCGAGUAUUUUAAGGGGAUUCAUUUUGUUUUUUUUGUUUUCAAUAUUCAGUGAGUUUGUCAUCUUCAUCUAUACAUUAUUUAUCCUAAUAGCUGGAUUGAAAUUUUCAUCUUAUUACAGUUUUGUUGGAUUAUUUGAGGUUAUUUUGUUUCAUGUUCAAACAAUUGAUAAUGUUAGGCAAUCUAUUUUUGGUGCUCUCA